AUGCCUCCUCCACCCAAGCGCAAGCGACCCGAGCGCACUUACUCGCAGGACGACGACCGCAGUGGACGCCCGUCGCCGCACCGCCCCCAGAACCUCGGAUUCGCGCAUCACCAGCAGCAGCAGCAGCAGCAGGCCAACAGCCCGCGCGGAGGCGGCGGCGGAGGUGGCAGGCGGCAGAGCAGAAACAACGGACGCGGUGGCUCCAGCGUUCCCCAGAGCCCUAACAACGCCUCAUCACACGCAUCGCCGACCGCCAUGUCUCCGCCUGCGAACACCUUCCCGUUGACUCGGCCGUCUCAAGCCACACCGACCACCCCGGCCCCAGCGCCGGCUCCCUCACAACCUUCGACGCCCUCCACACCGCGCGAGGUUCCCGAGAGCAAUGAGUAUCUGACGCCAGACCGCGUCGCUCGCUGGAAUGGCGAAGCACGCGACGCUGUGGUCAAGGCCGCCAUGGCUGCUCAAGGCACAGGCGACGUCCUCACCCUCUCGGUCAUAUUUCACGAGAUCAUCGAGGCGUCCAUGGACCAGCUGCUAGAUGCCGGCGAGUUGGGCUCAAUAGUACGCGACAUCACAUCUGCCCCGGCCGACGAGCAUGUCGACUCAGUAUCGACGUUCCUCGACACGCUGAGUUCGCUCACACAAGAUGAAGGCAAACAGGCGCUCGUGCGACAAAUGCUUGUCGCGACAGACAUCGACGUGUCGCGCAUGCGAGCCGAACUAGAAAACGACCUCUUGAAGUCCUUGGGCCUUGUUCGCGAUAGUUUCUCAAAAAUGGCCGUUCGCAAAGCAACUCACGCCCUGUACCGACAGUCCAACUACAACCUGCUGCGCGAAGAGACCGAGGGCUACUCCAAGCUCAUGACCGAGUACUUCACCACCGUAAACAGCGAACCGCCCUCACAGGAAGUCGUCGGCGAGACCUGGCAACGAGUAAACGCUCUCAUUGGCGCAUUCGACCUGGACAUUGGCAGAGUUCUUGAUGUGACGCUGGAUGUGUUUGCCAACCUCCUAGUCAAGCAUGGAAGGUUCUUUGUCAAGAUGCUAAGGUCGAGCGCAUGGUGGCCCGAGCUACGUGGUUUCGAUAACAUCAAGUGGGAAGAGCCCGAAGUACCGACAUUGCCCUUAUGGGCGCGACCUGAUGCGAAGCAGUGGUAUUACACCGAUGAGGAGAAGGACGAACAGCUGCGCCUGCGAGAGUCGCGCGACUGCAAAUUCUGGCAGCGAGUGGGUGAGUUGGGCGACCGGGCAGGCAUUCAGGCCUUCUUUGAACUUGGAGGCCGUCGCAUCACUGCGAACAACCGACAACCCAACCAGACCUUACCUGCCGAAGGCGCGCCAUUAUCGAAGCAACAGGCAGCUCGGAGAUGGGCCGACGAGUGGAUGGAGCAGACCAAGACACUCCCUCCGUCAGGAAACGACAUCGCCGCCCAACUGCUUGGCUUCAAGCUCCAAUUCUACGCGUCAGAUGUCCGCGAUGCCACCGACGAACUUCCUGACAAUCUCAUGUACCUGAUUGCGCUCCUGAUCAAGAUUGGCUUCAUCUCUAUUCUGGAUCUUUAUCCUCAUCUAUAUCCACUAGAGCCAGACAUGGGUGCACACAAAGAAAGGCUCCUCAAGGCCAAGAAAGAGAAGGAGGAAAGCGAACGAGGCGCAGUUGUCAACGCUCUGACUAUGGCCGGUGCACUGCCCGACGAGACUCCUGGCCCGCCAGCUGUUUCCCGCCUCCGAGACGCCGACUCCAGAUCCAAAUCCGACACUGGACGGAGCACGCCUGCCAAGUCUGAUGAGCCCGCGGACAAGGAGAAAGCUUUACCCGAGCCCAGGGACCAGAAGUUCACGCUUUUGAAGAGUCUGUUGUGCAUCGGCGCGCUUCCAGAAGCUCUGUUCAUACUCGGGCGACAUCCUUGGUUUCUGGACGUUUACCCCGAGCUAUUGGACCUCAUCUUCCGCCUGGCACAUCACUCUUUGACCAAGGUUUACGAGGAAUCCAAACCGACCUCAGUUGAAAAGUCCGUCGUUGCCACCAAGGGUAGUAAUAAUCGGGGCAUCAUGCGGCCUAGCGAUUAUGUCCCUCGACGGACUCUCCGAUGGGCCAAACCGGACCGGAAAGACCAAGAUGGAGGAACCGACUACAAGUUCUAUUGGGAAGACUGGGUUGACAACGUCCCCGUGUGUCAAGAGGUGGAUGAUGUCAUCAAGCUUUGCACCAGUCUCCUAGGCUUGGUGGGACCAGAGUGUGGAAAGGAUAGCGUUCUCCUAACCAAGAUCAUACGUAUCGGCAAGAAGAACCUGGCCGACGAUCCUUCCGAGUCGAAUCGCAAGCGAUGGGUCAACUUCUCAGCAACUUUCAUUGCACCUGCGAUUACUUUCACAGGCAGAAAUCCAGGAGUCAUCAACGAGGCAUGGGAUCUGUUCAAACAUUUCGACACAGCCACACGAUACACCAUUUACCAACAGUGGUUCAACGGAAUGCUCAAGCCGGUGAUCAAGACAGCUUUCAAAGAAGUCGAAACUGAAACCAGGAAGACUCUAAGUCGUAUCUCUGCAACCAACACCAAAGAAUAUGGUCGCAAAAUCGCCAAGAUCUCGUAUGCUAGCCCAGGCAUCGUCUUCCGAACAACAGUCAAGCAAUUGGUCAACUACCCAAACAUGAUCACUGCCUUAGUCGAAUGCAGUCGAUAUCUUACUUUGCUUGGGUAUGACGUCCUGACCUGGACGCUGGUUACAUACCUUCUCAACCCCGACAAAGGAUCACAGCAGGAUGACGGUAUGUUGUCUGCGCCGUGGUUAAAGAACAUUGCUACCUUUGUCGGCAAAGCUUACGCAAGAUAUCACUUGAUGGAUCCUGUUCCCGUUCUACAGCUCACCACACACCAGCUCUUGACUGCUGAAGGCGAGCUAUACAUGUUGGAUGUUCUUGAACAAAUAGUGAAGUCCAUGGGUGGCAUUAGCGUCAGUGGAUCUGUGUCAGAGUCAGUGACUCUGGCGCUUUGCGCAGGACCUGCCCUUCGUACGUUCACUUUACAGUAUCGUCUAGCGGAUAACCGUACCCACGCUGCUUCUUCAGCAAGACGUCUAGUCAGGUGUCUGAAGGAGACGGGACUCGGGCCACAAAUCCUCAUCGCACUGGCGCAGCACGUGGAAGCUUAUGUUCACCGCGACGACCAGCUGGAAGUACCCGACAAGCCUGUACUUUUCAACGUCGACAAAUUGCGCUCCGUCAUGCUUCAAUACCUGGAGCUUCUCCGUACAUUCCUCUCUGUGGACGACUUUGACGCUCUGUUCCCUUCGCUGGUAGAGAUGAUUGCGGAUUACCACGUCGAGCCGGACGUUGCUUUCACGAUUGCUCGUGCGGGCAUAACAGCCAAGGCCAAUGCUUUCCGAGCUGAACAACGCUCGAAGCUACUUUCCGAUACACAGACGAACGGCGAUGUUGUCAUGAGCGGCGUUGAAGAGUCACAAGCUGUGAAUGGAGCUCAAGAUGAUGCCACAUCCGCUGAGACCUCGAAAGCGAAAGAAGACGUGGAGAUGAAAGAUUCUGUUGCUGCAGAAGGAGACUCGGCAUCCGUGACUGCAGCUCGUUCGGACAAGCCUUUCUUGCCCGAUGUGCCAAAUUCAGAGGUUGAAAUCCUCGCGAACCAACUGAAGGAGCAGCUACCGGAGACCUUCGGCAACCAUCCUUGUGUGUCCUACUAUGUCGCAUUCUGGCAGUUGUCCCUGACAGACGUUGUCGUCGACGUCGAUGGCAUCAAUCAACAAUACAAGGAUUCAAUCGAGACCUUGGAGCGACAACUGCCUGCUCCUGUGCCCGAGCGCCGUGGGUACCGACCUAACGUACCCAAAGCUGAUUCAGAAUCUGUCAAGGCUCUUAAGGAGAACAUAGCCAGGAUCAAGGACGAACAACAGGUUGUCACGAAGAACCAUGCUGUGACACAAGAGAGUUUGAAGGUCGAAUUGCGUCGAUGGUUCGAGGGCGUUCCAAUGAUGGGACCACAGUGCGACGUCUUGCACAACGCUCUGCUCCAAGACUGCUUUAUCCCUCGCAGUCGCAUAUCUCAAGAAGACGCCCAAUAUGCGUUCUCUAUGCUCAUAUUCAUGCACAGCUCGGGUGUGCCAGGGUUCCGCAUGAGUCGACUACUGGAUAUGCUCUUCAACGCAAAUAGGCUUACAUCUAUUAUCAGUAUGUACACUGAAGCAGAGUCCUCAUCUUUCGGGAGGUUCCUCGGUGGUAUCUUGCGUGAGCUACAAGUCUGGCAGGAGAACAAGGAUGAUGCUUUUGUCAAGAACGCCCAUGGUUUGGAAAAGAAUCUUCCUGGCUUUGGCAGGAGCUACGACGGGGACCGCAACGCGACAAGCUUCUUCACUUACGAUCAGUUUUGCAUGGUGUUGUUCAAGUGGCACAAGGCACUUGCAGCUGCGCUUAAGACAUGCCUGGAGAGCGGCAACUACAUGCAAAUGCGUAACUCGAUCAACGUCCUUCACGCGCUGGGUACCAACUUCCCUAAAGUCACGAGCAUGGGCACAGAGCUGAAGGAGAUGGUGGUGCGCCUGAAGGAGAGAGAGGAGAGACAAGAUCUUAUGAGAUCGUUGGAGUCUGUUCUUGGGCCUAUCCUCAAAGGAGAGAAGUUCUGGCAAGAAGACCAUGUUUUCCGCAACGUACCGGCACCUACUCCUGCGCCAGGAAGCACGACGAACGGAAGCGACAAAGCUGCUACGGAGAAGGGUAAGACUCCACAGCCACAAGAUGCGAAACUCGACGCGGCUGCACCUGCUUUCAAGCCGAAGUCCGAAACUGCAACUCCCGCGCCUUCCUCGAGGGACAAGCCGACGCCAAGAACAUCCGACAGCAGGCCUUCUACCCCAUCGCAACAAGACACCGGCUCCGGCAGACCUACACCGAAGCCAGGUCCUCCGAUGCAUCAUUCCUCUGUUCCACUGCGACCAGAUAACAGGAAUACACCAGGGCAGAAUACCCCCGUUGGCAGACCACCGCACGCAUUACCAACGCGACCAGAUCCACAACCGAGGAAUCGAUCAGAACGUCCUAUCAUUGAUCGCACGCCCGAAAGUGCGCAUGGUAGAUAUGACAAUCGAGGUCCCCCUGGAGACUAUGGCCGACUAGAUCGCUCGGUAGAUGCCGGCCGUCUGCGUGAGGCUUCGCCUGGUCGGCGCGCACGACCUCUGCCUGGCGGCAGAACUCCAGAAAGGGUACCUUCAGCCGCCGAGCAUCGCGAAUGGUCUGGCAGAGAACGUGAUUAUGAUGAUCGGGCUAUGCGAGGACCCCCACGAGAUUCGCGAGCGCCAGCAGUACGGCCACCUACUUGGGAUUCACACAAUCCUAGAGAUAUGAGAGAUCAACGUGAGCGUUCUGAUCCUCGAGGUCAUGCUACACCUACAGCGAUGGAGUCUCGCCGGAUGCCCUCUACUUCCUCGUUAGCCAAUGAAUACCGGCGAGAUGGUCCACCAGCCAACGCCCCGUAUGCUGCAGAGCAAAACGAUAGGCCAUCACGACUGCCAGCAGUGCCGAUCCCGGCCAAGGAAGAGCCCACAGUCAACCCCGCGCGUGCUGCCUUGAUCAAUCAAGCAGAGCAUGCAGGUGGCAGACACAUGCCACCGAGGUCUGAUCGUGACAACCGUAGCGAGCGAGACUCUCGUAUGAACUCUCCACGUCAUGGCGAUGAUAGGCGUGGUGACGAUCGUCGAGUCGAAGAGCGCCCGCCUGCUGGGUAUCAUGGACGAAACGACCUGCCUCGAGACGUUCGGGAUGAGCGUCCUCAGAUGCCACCCUCUGGUGGCCGCGACCGUCGGGACGAUCCAGGAGCUAGUGCCCCAACUGGUCCUCGUGGCGGGCGCAAUGAAGCCGCUGCAGCGUCUCGUGCAUCACGAGAGAUGUUCCAGCCUACACCUGGACCACGCGCGCAGGACCCCAACUAUGGAAGACUGAACCAGCCUUCGGAGCCGGCACCACCAUCAGGCCCACGCAGUGACAGACCACAUGCGCCGUCGCAGCCUUCCACACCGAAUGCACCCACCGGUCCCGCAGCGUCACUACCAGCAGGUAUUCAUCCUAGUAGGCUCGUUAACAUCGAGGGUAGAGCACCAAGCGGGCCACCGCUUCAGACUAAUGUACCGAACGCUCCAAGCGGCCCGCGCGGUAACAACCGCGGUCCCCAAGGACCCGUCCCAUCAUCACCAGUUGGUCCGCGACCUCCAACCGGUCCCGGAGGACCCAGGAAUGCUGGUAACCCUCUCCGUGCCAUUAAUAACGUAUUGACUGGAAAUGCGCCCGGCGAUCGGUCAAACGAACGCGGUGCACCUCCUUCUAAUCCUCCUGUGCGAGGUCGUGGCGCUACACGCGCCAAUGGCCCAAUAGAAGGAUCCGGUGGUAUGACAAGCCCGAUGCCACCGCCGGCGCUUGAUUCUACACCCAACCGUAUGGAGAAUCAGCAUCCGAGAAGCAGCAGGAACGAUGAUGUAGCAAGCAGGAUGGAGGGUGCUCCACCAGAAGAAGGCCGCUCAGAGUCACGCAGCCAUCGACACCGAUCAGGACGCGAGCGUUCACCCGAUCGAUCCGACCGACCCCGCGAAGAAAGGAGCAGCCGUAACCCUCCUUCCGACCGCCCAGAGGGUGAGCGGGGCUCCGACCGAGACCGCGGUGGUCGUGAAAAACGAGGUGGCGACAGGGGAAGCAGUCAUCGAGAGCGCGAACGAGACGGUGAAUCAAGGUCAGGACGGGAGCCCCGUGAAAGCAGCAGACGAGAGCGUGGUUCUCGUGAUGAUGGACGAGCUUCGGGAAGGGACGAACGCGAUAGGAGGAGCCGUGGUGGCGGAGGCAGUGGAGGAACAGACGAUGGCCGCAAGAGAGGUCGCGAUCCCCAGGAUCAAGGCCAUGGAGAAACGAAGAGGAGGCGUUAG